AGAGCGGAGAAGUGUGGUUUGAGAGCACAUUCGGGGAGACCCUCAGACGCUGGACUUGAGUACCGGAGAGUCGUGAGUUGGAGACAGCUGUACGUUUUGUGUCUGGAUUUUACCUCUCAGAGGCUUCACAGAAGGUGCAGUGACAGAAGCCAUCUGUGUGCAUGUGUGUGUCCACGCAGGUGAAAAUACAGCGUUUGUGAAUUGUCUGCGUCUGUGUGUGUGUGUGUGUGUGUGUGUGCAUGCAUGAGUGAGUGGGACCAUGCCGGGGUUUGAGAAAGUGCAACGCGGCCUCACCUUUGCCACAGGUCUGGUGGAGUGUCUGUGCUUCGCCGGGGCCGUGUUCGGAUGGGCUUCCCUUGUCUUUGUCCUGAAGACGGAGGGCUACUUCAGCUCUCUGUGCGUCAACGCCACAGGGGUCAACGCAACACAGGUCUUAGAUUGCAGUGGACAGGAUGAACAGUUCUCACUUGUUUUCACCAUCGCCUCCUUCAUGAACAAUUUCCUGACGCUGCCCAAUGGAUUCCUCUUUGACCAGUUUGGUACCACAGUGGCCCGAGUCUUUGGAAUAUGUCUUUACACCAUGGGCACCUUGAUGGUGGGCUUCUCCGCUCCAGCUUUGUCGAACCUGCUCUUCCCAGCUCUCGCGCUCCUGGCAGUGGGCGGCAUCUUGUUUCUAAUCACCAACAUGCAGAUAGGAAACCUGUUCGGCUCGCAUCGCUCCACCGUUAUCACUCUCUACAACGGGGCCUUCGACUCUUCCUCUGCACUCUUCCUCGUCAUCAAGUUGCUGUACGAGUCUGGCGUCUCCCUCCGCGCCUCCUUCCUCUUCCUGUCCUCCUGCAGUGUCAUUCACCUGCUCAGGACUUUCUUCCUGCUGCCCAGGAAAUUCAUCCCCUACCCGCUGCCUGAUCGCUACACUUAUGGGAUGACCUGCAGUAAAUCAGAGAGUGUGAGAUCAGUGCAGACAACGGCAAACGGUGAUGCACAGAGGACGAUCGAGGAAACGCCCCUCGACUCGCCUGUGAAACAAGAGAAGAGUUUCCGUCAGUGCAUUCUGUCCAGGUUCUUUUUCUGGCACCUGCUUUGGCUGUCGGUGAUGCAGCUCAGACAUUACCUCUUCAUCGGCACCCUCAACCCCAUGCUGCAGCGGCUGACGGCGGGAGAGCCUUCACUGGUGAGCCAGUACAUCAAUGCCUUUGCUAUAACGCAGCUGUGUGGCGUGCUGUGUGCCCCGUGGAACGGCCUCAUCAUGGACAGACACAAGGGCAAACCUCGUGCUCCAGGGGAGAGUGAACAGGAGGCAGACCUGCGGGCCUCGGUGCUCUCUCUCUUCCUGACGGCGCUGCAGUGUGUGCUGUUCUCGGUUUGUGCCUCCACCCCGUACCUGCCGCUUCAGUACCUCACCUUCAUCCUGCAGGUGGUCAACCGCUCCUUCCUCUACGGCGGCAACGCAGCCUUCAUCAGUGUGGCUUUCCCAGCAUGCCACUUUGGGAAGCUGUAUGGUAUGGUCAUGGGCCUGUCUGCAGUGUUUUCUUUGAUGCAGUACCCCUGCUUUGCGCUGGUGAAAGGAGCUCUGGAUGGAGACCCUUUAUAUGUGAACGUCGCACUGACGCUGCUCAGCCUGCUCGCCUUCAUCCAUCCCCUCUCUGUCUACCUGCACUGUCGAAGUCUCGCCUCCCAGCGCGCCAAGAACAAAUCCUCGUCCUAGAGUCUGCAACACGAGAGCAACGACUCACACCAGUGACACUGUUACCUCUUCAGAUUGUUUGAGCAAUAGCGUAAAUACAUGUAAGUAAAUGCAUUUCAGACUGUAGUGAAGCGUGGUUGCGGGUACAGUAACCGCACACUCUUGGAACAUGUUCACAGCCAUAUUGAAUGUAUGCAGAAAACAACCCUGAUUCCAAAAUAAGUUUGGACGCUGAAUAAAACGGAAAUAAAAACAGGAUGGAAUCAUCUGUGAACUGUUUUUAACGGCAGUUCGUGUCCCUGAGCCCAUGUAGUCACGUCCUUUAUACAAUCAUGUGUUCACAAAGAGGUGAACCUCGCUCCAUCCUUGCUUGUGAACGACUGAGCCUUUCAAGGAUGGCCCUUUCAUACCCA